AUGAACCCCGUUCAUAACCUGGCCGAGGCCCCUCCAGAAUCGUCUCCUUCGCUCGUUGCUUCCUCCUCACCAACUCCGGGCUCAGCUCCGGUCUCAGCAGUUUCGGCUCCGGCCUCCGUGUUAUUACCGCCGCCCAUCUCGCCCUCGUCACCACCUCCACCAAUUUCGACUCCGGUCCAGUCCCUCGCCAUUCUUGCUUCAGCCCAUCACCAGCAGCAGCAGCAGCAGCAACAGCAGCAAAGUCCAGCCCUUGGGCCGCUGCCGAGACCCGAUGAACCCCCGGCCGUCAUCGCUUCCGCAGCCACUGCGGCUGCUUCAACGCCACCAUCGCACUUCUUUCAGCCGCCGCCGCAGCAUCACCACCACCCGCCUUCGGCCAUCUCAUCUCCUCCGCCGAGAAAGGACACUGCCUCGUCCAUCUCUACUCAGGCCACCAGCGCCACUCAGGCCUCCACGGAGACCACCAACACAUCGUACAGUUCCGACACCUCUCCUACACUGCACCAAUCUAUCUUCUCCCUCAAGGAUGGCACCGACGUCUCUAACAGCCGUCGCACCAGCAGGAGACGUACCGGGCCCUUGUCCCAGCAAUCGAGAGAGCGGGCCGCCUUAAUCCGGAAACUGGGCGCGUGCAGCGAUUGCCGCCGAAGAAGAGUUGCCUGUAAACCGAGUCACCACAACAUGACGUGGGAGGAUGUCGUCAACAAAUUCCACAGAUCCCACAGCCCAUCAAUACACGAUAUAGCACCCCUUGCCCCUGGGCGACCUCUGAGUCCAGCGCCAACUCAGGGCAGUGCUCAGCAUAUGUUUCCUCACAACCCCCACGAGAUGGAUAUUGACUCAGGAUCCCCAUCAAACCAUCCCAGCCGGCCGCCACCCCCGGGCGAUUCCCGUCACCGCACUCCGCUGCCAUCAGGUCCGCGCCUCGAGUCUCUUUCCUUACCCGGGAUCGAGACUUUGAAGAACGAGCUACAAUCCAACGCCAUGCGAAUGCUGUCAACCGCAAGCCGGUCACGCUAUACCGCAGUCCAGGCCCUCCUGUUGUUUUGGCAGGACGAUGAUGACGAGGUGGCCACCAUUCACAAUGCUGUGCGAGAACUGGCGGACGUUCUGGAGAAGCUCUACCAUUACGCGUUGCAGAUACAGCCGAUUCCCUCGUCUUCGGACGGCUCCAGGAGCUCGUGGCGGUGGCUUUCUCGGCAGAUGGGAGACUUUGCCGAGGAUCGUGACCAGCGGGAUGUCUUGAAAAUCGUCUACUACGUAGGUCAUACGUAUCUUGAUGGGAAUAGGGAGAUGGUCCUCGCUAGCUCCAGAGAUAGCCAGAAGGCAUCGAUAAUCCGAUGGAACGGGAUUCAGCAGAUCCUUGAAGAAGCAUAUGCCGACACCCUCCUAAUAAUGGAUGCUGCUUAUUACGCAUCUUCUCGAAUGGGUCGCGAAAAGGGGGUUUUGGAACUUAUUGCGGCCUCGACGUCAGACGAGCAUUACAGUGCGUUAAAUCGGUGCGCCUUCACGCUGGCCCUGGCAGAACUGUUACGAACGCGAGCCAGCCGAAUGCACCCUUGUUCAGCUGCUGAACUACACUCGGCACUUCUCUCGAGUUAUCCGAUGAUGGUUCGGGACAGGAACCCUGAACGGGAGGUUCUGACGAGCUUUCCGGCACCUCUGCACACGAUGAUGUCAGGAAAUUCUCGGCUGCCUUCGAUUUUUCUCACCCCUGUAUCUCAGAGCAACCCGCUCCGGAACAGCUUACAUGACAACUACCCGAUACUGAACAUGUCGAUCCGGCUAAUGAACGACGACGAAGUUGAUCUCGACAGUUGGAACGAAUGGCUGCGCCUCAUGCCUGAAGGUGUUAGGGAUGUCAAAGUCGAAGGCCCCUUUCGGCCCGCCUUUAGAUGA